AUGGUGAAGUUGUCGCCGAUGAGGGUGCGAUCGGCCGCUCUUAUAUUUUUAGGGGUCUCGUUUACUGUGGGGUUUUGGUUGUUUGGCAGUCGGAGCAACGAACUGGUGGGAUUUAAUAUACCGUACAACCACGCAGAUUCACCAUCACCGUCAGGAGACCAUCCUAUCGAUCAACUCAUCGUAAGCGCCGAUGCAGAAUGGCGAUCACUGCUUGGAAAGGAGGCAAAAACUUUGGAUGCCGCAACGGAGGAAUAUCGUCGCCGUCGGGGCCGACAUCCACCGCCAGGCUUCAAAGAGUGGUUCGAGUUCGCUCAAUCCAAGGACUCGCUCAUUAUUGAGGACUUUUUUGACCGAAUCUAUGACGACCUAAAUCCAUUUUGGGGCCUCCAACCGAAGGAGAUCCGACGACAGGCGCAAAGCCUGAAACCCCGCAUCGCUGUUCGCAACCAUAAAGCGAAGGCUGUCACGGACCACGAAGCACUCUGGUUAGACUCAUGGCUCAGUCUUGUGCGCAGCAUCGACCACUACCUUCCUGACCUCGACAUGCCGUUUAACCCCAUGGAUGAAUCUCGAAUCGUUGUGCCUUCGGAGACCAUUGCCGAAUACAUGGUCAAGGAACGUGUAAGCCGACAGGGGAUGCGAGAUAAAAAUCCUGCGGAGUUUAUCACAGAAUACACAGCUGCCAAGGAUGAAUCCGAGUCUGGGAACUUCGAACCUCGCUACCUGGGCCCCGGCGAUGGUCAGUUCUGGGAUAUGGCUCGUGUCGGCUGCCCGCCAGACAGUCCGGCGCGCAAAAGUCUCGCCAUCAACCCGGCGACAGUCCUGCAUGCGGCAAUGGAGAACUUUCUGCCACACUCGCAGAACGGCUAUGUGCGCAACUGGACGCAGUCCAAGGAUAUUUGCUGGCGUCCCGAGAUGCAGGCUCUCCAUGGAACCUUUAUCGAGCCCGUGUCCAUCUCCACCACGCACGAACUAUUUCCUCUUUUUGGAGGAUCCAAGCUGUCGGUCAAUAAUGAGAUCCUCAUACCUCCCGCUAUGUACUGGGCCAAGGACAAGCGAUACUCUGGCGGCAACCAACAUGGUGGUCCAUGGGAAUCCAAGAAAGACGCCUUGAUCUGGCGCGGCAUCGCAUCGGGGGGYCGAAACCGAGUCAACAACUGGACGGGAUUCCAGCGCCAUCGCCUACUAUCCAUGUUGAACGGGACAUCCAUCGCCGCCGCCGAAAGGAACAACUCUCGCUUUGUGAAUUUCAUUCUCCCCAGCUAUGACUACUACAAUCUGGCCUCGGCUCAUGCCGGCCACCUCCCCGAGUUCGUCGAGGAGCAUGUCGAUGCGGGCUUCAUCCAUCUCGUGUGCUUCCCCUGCGACGAUCUGACGGAUCCGCACUGCGCCUACACGGAGCCUUACUUUUCCCUCGUUUCCGCCAUGCCCAUGGGCAAGCAGUACGAUUACAAAUACCUGCCUGACGUGGAUGGCAAUUCCUUCAGCGGACGGUACCGCGGAUUCUUACUGUCGACCUCUCUCCCCAUCAAAGCUACCAUCUACGACGAAUGGCACGACUCGCGGCUCAUCCCCUGGGCCCAUUUCCUCCCUAUGGACUCCACCUUUCUGGAUAUCUACGGCAUAAUGGAGUACUUUAUUGGAUACGACGGGCCUGGCCAUGACCACGCCGCGCGGAAGAUUGCCCUGAACGGCAAGAAGUGGGCGGAGAAGGUCCUUCGCCCGGAAGAUAUGCAGAUCUACAUGUAUCGAUUGUUGCUUGAGUACGCAAGAAUCUGUGAUGAUAGACGUGAGGAUUUGGGGUAUACCGAGGAUAUUUUAUGGGUCAAUCGUGAGAAGACCACCUGA